GAACCAAAACACAUUUGGGAAGAUGUUUAGAGUGUGCAGUCUACUUGUGGUCCUUCUGAGCCUGAGUUAUCUAUCUGAAGCCAGUAAAGACUCCUAUAAACUUGUGAAUGUAACUUCUAAAUAUCUAUUACAUAAUGGCAACUCAUUAUAUUAUAUUGACGAAAGGAGUGAGAAUUGGUAUGUGGCCCGUAAAUCCUGCGAAAGCAUGGGCUUCAACCUCAUUUCGUUUGAGACAAUAGAGGAAUUCAACGCAAUUAACCGGUUUAUGGAUGCUACGGGAGCGACCAAAGGCUACUGGACAUCUGGAACUGACUUUAUACAUCUUGGGCAUCAUGCAUGGUUUCCAAAUGGUAUUUCCGUUCCAUCGGAGCUUUGGGGUGUCUCACAGCCAGACAAUAAGAACGGACAGGAGCAUUGCGACUCAUUCAGAUAUAGGGGUACCUAUAAAAUGAAUGAUGAGCCUUGUACGGUCAAGUAUUUUUAUGUAUGUGAGCUCAACUUGACUCCUUAACAAUUUAAAGGAAACCAGAUUGCAAUGAAUAAAAAACCAUAAAAAUA